AUGACUUCGUUUCUUGAAAUUAACUACUCUUUGUGCUUCAUUUGUCAGCAGGAUACUGAAGAGAAAUUGGUUGAAAAUCCUACUGGAUAUGGGAAAUUAUUUGAGUGCAUGAAAUCAAGGAAUGAGUUCAGAGACCCUGCUCAUAUACACUUGAAACAUAUAAUGACUACAAUUACUGCACAAAAUUUGGAAGAUAACUCGGCAACUUGGCAUGGAACGUGUUACAGUAAAAUUACCCAUAAAAAAGAAAUGACACGAAUACAAAAACUGUUAUCCACUGAAUCAAGCUCCAGCAGGGAAACCAACAUCAUAUUGAGAUCAAAAAUCUCUAAUAGAGAUAAAAAUGCUUGUUUCUUUUGUGAAAAGUAUGCUACCAAGAAAUCGAUAUUAUCUACUGUUAUGACCGAUGAUGCUGGCAAAAGAAUGCGUGAUGCAGUUCUCUUAGAAAAUAACGAAGGACUCAAAAUAAAAUUGUCGGAAUUCAUUUCUGAGAAUGAUGCACACGCUUAUGAUAUUAAAUAUUAUUCAUCGUGCUGGAUAACAAAUGUUGUAAAUAUUCUUAGAGAACAGGAAAAUAAAUCUUGUCAUGAAUUUCAUAAUAAAUUAGUUGCCUCAGAAGUAGAGUUGCUCAGUAGAUUGAGAAUUACUUUAUUUUCUGGAUCAAUAACCAAUAUGGAGGAAGUAGAAAAUCUUUAUAACGAAAUUUGCACAAGCAAUGACCUACCUGAACAAAUCAGAAAAACCAGAAAAUAUCUGAAAACAGCAUGUAAUACAAGGAUGUGCAAAUGCCUUAUGAAUAAAUUGAAAUGCACUGAGAUGUGCGAAUGCGAAUCGGCAUCUGACACUUGUACUAAUAAUCUAAUGUUCUCGGAUGAAGACAUAGAUGAUGAUUCCAGCAGCGAAAAUGAGUAG